AUGGACCCUUCUACGAUGAUGGCUUUUUGCCCUUCAGGCGAUUUUGCUCGGAUAGAAAAUGCUGUUCGAGAAUGGCCUUCUGUAGAGGCUGUGGGUUCGUUGAGAACUAAGGAUAAGAAAAAGGAUAUAACAAAUGUGUUCAUUAAAUUCAGCGAUGAGGAGGCGGCAAAAAAUGCAGUUUCUUUGGUCGGAACGGUCCCCGGCCUUUCACUGACAGACGAAGAUUCUGACGAGAACAAGGCAAAUCCCAAGAAGGUUGCAAACAAAGGGAAAUCGAAAAAUCUUGCACUUGAGUUAUUGAAUUUUGGCACGUACGACAGACGGAAAAACGUCACAGAGCAAAGCGGAAAAAGAAAUUUUGAAAACAAUCAAAGGGGCCGCGGUGCUAGGGGUGGAAGAGGUCAACACGGUGGAAGACAGCCUGCUGGAACAGGUAGAGGAAGACGACAGCCUUUCUUCGUUCCACCUGCUCAGGUGAGCGUCGCAUUCGCCGAUAAUAUUCCAUUUAACAUGACCAAUGAGCAGUUAAUUGAGGUGUUCGUUCCUUUUGGACGUGUGGUUGACAUCAAUCGUUACGAAUUAAUGGCUAUGGUGUUUUACGACUCACCAGAGGCUGUCUUGAAUUGCAUUCAGCACCUCAAUGGUAAGAUCGUCAAGGGCAACGUCGUCUCCGUCAGCAGUGGAUCGGUAAGGAUUCCAGGACCCGCAGCUCUGCAGAUGGGGUUGUAG